AUUUAUUUAAAUAUAAUAAGUAUUCUCGUUGGUAGAUGGCUCUGUAGUUGCAAUUUAGUUAUUUAGGCACAUGUAAUUAUAUGUUCCGUUGGUUCAUGACUUUCUCUCUUGUUUCCUUUUUCCAUUGAAGAAGUAUUAUACAGCAAAAUGGGUAAGGUUAAGUGUACUGAUUUGAGGACAAAAGACAAAAAUGAAUUGCUCAAGCAAUUGGAAGAACUCAAAACUGAGUUGACAAAUCUUCGAGUGGCAAAAGUUACUGGUGGUGCUGCAUCGAAACUUUCGAAAAUCCGUGUAGUAAGGAAAGCCAUAGCUAGGGUAUAUAUUAUUAUGCAUCAGAAACAAAAGGAAAAUUUGCGUUUAUUGUAUAAAAAUCAUAAAUAUAAGCCUUUGGAUUUAAGGCCAAAAAAAACUAGAGCUCUUAGAAGAGCAUUGACACCUUAUCAAGCCAAUAGAAAGACUCUAAAAGAAAUACGCAAGAGAUCUGCUUUUCCUCCAAGGAAGUAUGCUUUAAAGGUGUAAAUUGCAAGGUACUUAAUAUUCGAAAAAUAACAGAAGCUAUAAAAAUUUAAAGACGAAUGCCAGGGUUUCUAGAAAGCACAAAGUUCAGAAGUUCAUCACUGUCCUCGCAGACAAAUGGUUUUCGAUGAUGGCAAGCUACAUCAUGCCAUUUAAUUCCAUCAUUAUAAAAGUUAUUCAGAAUUGAUAAACAAGAUUCGUCGUUACCCUGGAAUAUAAAUUCAUGCAUUAAAAAACUAUCAAAAAUGAAAUUUGAAUAAAGUAAAUGGAAAAAAUAUAUAUAUAUUUAUAAACGAUUCUAGUUAUAAUUAUAAACGAAAUUGAAUUAGGAUGAAUUUAUCAAUAUUAUCCAAAACUAAUAAACGUUUCAAAUUUUCAUUGCCAUUAAUCGUUCAAAUUUGUUGUGUGUAUAUAUUUAUGGAAAAAUAAUAAAUUACCUGAGCAGCUUCACGAUUAUCAGGUUGUGCUUGACCAUAUCCACCAGUGUGACUCCAAUCUCCAGUAUUACGCUGUGUAGUUGGACCAAUUUUGGCUCCUGAACCAGACCAGAACCAUCCAUUAAUGUUCUGUGGUUGAAGAUCUGGUCUGUCGCAACCAUUGAAAUUACAUUUUCGUCCAGAUGUCCAGAUAUAUCUUACAUUUCCUAUAAGAAAUAAAAGUUAAUUUUAAAAUAAAAAUGAAAUUAAAAUAA